UACACAACUUGCGAUGCUCUCGACCCGGUGCCGGUGAUCACGUGGCGAUGGCGUCCCGACGCGCGAGGCACCACCUGUUCGACGACGACGGCAGGGAUCGGGAGUGUGAACGAUAUGACGACGGACGGCGGUAUUUUUUAGCGAUUGUUUCGGUUCGAGGGCGCGAGGCAUAGGGAGGGUUUUGAUUGACUCCCGAAAAGCGUUUGACAGGGUUACCACUACCUGUCGGAUCGGUUUAGGGUUGGUGCGAUUUAGUAACUUUUUUUUUAUUUGGAAGAGAGCCCCUGCAAUUAUCGAUGCAUAAAGUAAUGAAAAUUUCAUCAUGAAACCUCAAUUAUGAUUGAAGUCGACAUAUAAUUUUUCGAUUCAAAAGUUAACAAAGGGAAAAGGUCGUUUUUCGCUUUCACUAUAGACUAGUUUGUGCCAGAAAUCGAUAAAGAAUAUUUUCAAAAUAGUUCCAAAACAACAAGUAAGUGAUUUAACAGAGUUAUUGAACUUUGCUGAACGAUAAAAUGGACGUUUUCAAAAUCGACCAAUCGCUAAGUGGUAAUCUGGGUCGUGCGCCAUCCCCCGAUAAAAUCAAUGCAUCGGAAUUAACAUUUGAAGCCGGUUCCGAGUUCAACUUGUGUUUCUUCGAUACUCCCGAGGACACUCAAGGUUUUAGUGAUCCCAGCUCGGUUGGAUCCACCACUGACGGUUCUCCACCACCCCAGCAACUGACUCCUCUUCAUAUACCUUUGGCGGGCAGUACUCCGAUCCAGAGUCCGGUUCUAUUGUCUCCGCCAGGAGGACCAACUUCAUCGAUCACGAUUAAACAAGAACAUUACGUGGCUGCAGACUCCAACAGUUCUUCAACAACAAAGUCAUUCGUCCCUUGCAAAGUUUGCGGCGACAAAGCAUCGGGGUACCAUUACGGGGUCACUUCAUGUGAGGGAUGCAAGGGUUUCUUCAGGAGAAGCAUUCAGAAACAAAUAGAAUAUCGAUGUCUGCGCGACGGGAAGUGCCUAGUGAUACGAUUGAACAGGAAUCGGUGCCAAUACUGCCGGUUUAAGAAAUGCCUAGCCGUAGGGAUGUCUAGAGAUUCUGUACGAUAUGGCAGAGUGCCAAAAAGAUCCAGGGAAAGGAGUACCGAUGAACCUUCUCGAGUAACGACUUCAGAUGCUGAUCAAUCUGAUUCUGAAAGUAAGCAGUUGGCAGUAUACGAUGUUAUCCUGAGCGUUUCGCAAGCACAUCACGCUAACUGCGGAUACACGGAGGAACACACAAGGAACUUGGUGAGGAAGCCGAUAAUCCUCCCACCGGCGAGCCCAGAGUCGGACAACGAGGUGGCCUCCUCGACGGCGGAAUCCCUGGAGUUGGAAAGGUGUUGGUUGUGGCAGCAGUUCGCGGCGAACAUCACCCCCAGCGUACAGAGGGUGGUGGAGUUCGCGAAGAGGGUCCCCGGUUUCUGCGAUCUCGGCCAGGAUGAUCAGCUGAUACUAAUCAAGAUAGGCUUUUUCGAAAUAUGGCUGUGUCACGUGGCCAAGCUGACGUCGAACACGUCGAUGAUGUUCGACGAUGGCACCACGGUCAGCAGGCAGCAGCUAGAAACCAUGUACGAUAGCGAGUUCACGUCAUCCGUUAUACAUUUCGCAAACACCUUCAACGCUUUAGCUCUGAACGACACUGAGGUGGGACUGUUUUCGGCAGUUGUCUUGUUAACGGCUGACCGUCCCGGAAUCACAGACGUCAAAUCUAUAGAACACCACCAAGACAAGCUUAUAGAGGCUUUGAAGGUUCAGGUAGGAAGAAAUCAUGCCAGCGAGCCUCAGAUUUUCUCCAAUAUGCUGAUAAAGCUCCCGGAACUGCGGAACUUGGGGGCCAAACACACGGCCCACCUGAACUGGUUCCGACUGAACUGGACAAAGCUGACGCUCCCCCCCUUAUUCGCAGAAAUUUUCGACAUUCCCAAGUCUGAAGAUGAUUUGCAGUGACGUCGAGAGACCGAAACGGUGUUUGAGAUUAUGUGAUCGCCAUAGAUCUUGCUGUUCUAUGCCUCUACUUGCUCAAAAUAAUGUGCUACAAGGCUGAAUCGUGUGGAAGUAGGAAGUUUUUCAAAGAAUCCUUUGAAAAAAUGUAUCAAUCCAUGAUUGACAGGGUCUUCAAGCUGUUCGUUUACUUUAAGUGGUUAAAAUAUAGUUUAUAUCCAGAUUUUUGACAUAUUAUGUAUACAUAUCAUUCUGAUUUAUUUCGAUAUUUAGGCGUACCUUUACGUAUUAUCAUGGUUGUAUAUAAUGUUCAGACUCUUAUUUUUAAAUUUUGGUGUGGACGUUUGAUUUUUGCAGUUUAUAUAAUUAAUUACUCAAAAUCACUUUCGGUGAUCCCAUCAACUGAAUAAUUGAGGCUAGAAAGUCAUGUUUUCAGUAAAUGAGGAAUAUAGUUCGCUGAACUAUGAAGAGUUACUUUUAUUUAUGCAGGCACGGGAAGUUUUUUUUUUCAUUGAAAUGUUCCUUUGCUGAGACAAUACAAGCUUUUUGGUUUUGAAAAUAUUUGAAGUAUAAAUUUUCGAAUGGGAAGAAUGUUUCGGUUAUUGUAAAAAACUAAUAAUAUACCCAAUUUGAAAUCAUGAAGCUACAUAUUCAUAAUAUUGCUCUAUGGAAACUUAUCUAAU